AUGGUGGGAACAGGACCAAAGCGGCAGCCCAGCCGUAAGGGCUCCAUGGCCGACGUGCCACACGACCUGCUCGGCGAGAUCAAGAGACUGGAGGAUCUGUUUACGGUCGACACGGCAAAGCUGAAGGCCAUCACCGACCACUUCAUCUCAGAGCUGGCAAAGGGGCUGUCAAAGGAGGGCGGAAGUAUACCCAUGAACGCAACAUGGUGUAUGAGCUUUCCAACCGGCCACGAGCAGGGCACAUUCCUGGCAUUGGACAUGGGCGGCACAAACCUGCGAGUCUGCGAGAUUAUUCUUCCAGAAGAGAAGGGCGAGUUCGACAUAAUACAAUCGAAGUAUCGCAUGCCUGAGGAUCUGAAGACGGGCACCGCAGACGAGCUGUGGGGAUAUGUCGCGGACUGCCUACAACAGUUCAUUGAAUACCACCACGAGGGCGAGAAGCUGGACAAGCUGCCCCUCGGCUUUACCUUCUCCUACCCAGCAACGCAAGAGUACAUCGACCACGGUGUCCUCCAACGCUGGACCAAAGGCUUCGACAUCGAAGGCGUCGAAGGCAAGGACGUCGUCCCACCCUUUGAAGCCGCGCUCAAAGAACGCGGCGUUCCCAUCAAACUCACGGCCCUCAUCAACGACACCACCGGCACCCUCAUAGCUAGCAACUACACCGACGACGAGAUGAAAGUCGGCUGCAUCUUCGGCACCGGCUGCAACGCCGCCUACAUGGAACACGCUGGCGAGUGCCCCAAGCUUGAGCACAUGAACCUCCCUCCCGACCAAGAAAUCGCCAUCAACUGCGAAUGGGGCGCCUUCGACAACGAGCACAAGAUCCUCCCUCGCACCCCCUACGACGUCAUCAUCGACAAAGACUCUCCUCGACCCGGCCAACAGACCUUUGAGAAAAUGAUCGCGGGUCUCUACCUAGGCGAGAUCUUCCGCCUCGUCCUCGUGGACCUGCACAGCCAACCCCACGUCCAGAUCUUCGAGAACCGGGACAUCUCCAAACUCGAAAAGCCAUACUCGCUGGACGCCUCUUUCCUGUCAGAUAUCGAAAAUGACCCGUUCGAGAAUCUGCAGGAGACGCACGAUAGCUUCGAGCACAAGCUGGGCAUCAAGACGACGAAGCCGGAGCUCGAACUGAUUAGAAGGCUGACGGAGCUCAUCGGCACGCGCGCCGCCAGACUUAGCGCGUGUGGCGUCGCGGCGAUAUGUAAGAAGAAGGGGUAUAAGACGGCGCAUGUGGGCGCGGAUGGGAGUGUGUUUAAUAAGUAUCCUCAUUUUAAGGCACGCGGCGCACAAGCACUCAAAGAGAUCCUCGACUGGGAGAAGGACCGCGAUGGCAAGCGCCUGGGCCGCGGACGGGAUCCGGUCGAGAUCUUGCCUGCCGAGGAUGGUUCAGGUGUGGGAGCGGCGCUGAUCGCUGCGUUGACGAUCAAGCGAGUGCAGGCGGGCAAUACCGUUGGCGUGAAGGAUGUCGAUGGUAUGUUGGAGGGCUGCGCACCUAUGAAGGGGAAGUAG